UUAGAACUGGUGGACCCACGUCUCGUCGCUGUUCGCAUACCAGCUUUUCGUGGCCGCACGUCUCCUUCUCUGCGUACAGCGUUCCCUCGCUGCCGUUCUCUGCUUCUCCUGGCCUUUAGUUUGCGAUGCACCGCUUUACUGUGCCGCUGUCCGCCCUGCUGUUGAUCCUCUGUCCCGGGCCAGCCAAAGGGUACUUUCCCGAGGAGCGCUGGAGCCCCGAGUCGCCGCUUCUCGCUCCGCGGGUGCUGCUUGCGCUGAUCUGCCGCAACUCGGAGCACUCUUUGCCGCACUUCCUCGGGGCGAUCGAGCGGCUCAACUAUCCCAAGGACCGCAUUGCCUUGUGGGUGGCGACAGACCACAAUGAGGACAACACCACAGCUAUCCUGCGGCACUGGCUGAUCCAGGUUCAGAGUCUAUAUCACUAUGUGGAGUGGAGACCUCAGGAGGAGCCCAGGGAGUAUGAGGAUGAGGCGGGGCCGAAGCAGUGGACAAACCAUCGCUACGCCCACGUAAUGAAGCUGCGCCAGGCAGCCCUGGACACAGCCCGUGAGAUGUGGGCCGACUACUUCCUGUUAGUGGACUGCGACAACCUGCUGACCAAUCGGGACGUCCUGUGGAAGCUCAUCCGGGAGAAUAAGACCAUCAUCGCGCCCAUGCUGGAGUCCAGAGCAGCCUACUCCAACUUCUGGUGUGGCAUGACUUCCCAGGGUUACUAUAAGCGCACUCCAGCCUACUUGCCGAUCAGGAAGCGGGAACGCAGGGGUUGUUUCGCCGUUCCCAUGGUGCACUCCACCCUCCUGAUCGACCUGCGCAAAGAGGCGUCUCUGCAGCUCGCCUUCCACCCGCCCCAUCCCGACUACAGCUGGGCCUUCGACGACAUCAUCGUCUUCGCCUUCUCUGCCCGCAUGGCAGAUGUGCAGAUGUUCCUGUGUAACAGAGAGAAUUAUGGGUACCUCCCCGUCCCCCUGCGUUCCCACAGCUCCCUGAGGGACGAGGCCGACAGCUUCCUGCACUCCUUGCUGGAGGUCAUGGUGCGAAAUCCACCGGCAGAGCCCUCCCGGUUCAUAUCCCCUCCCAUCAGGCAGCCAGACAAGAUGGGCUUCGAUGAGGUGUUCAUGAUUAACCUGCAGCGCCGUACGGACAGGCGGAACCGAAUGCUGCGGACUCUGUACGAGCAGGAGAUCACCUGCAAGAUCAUCGCUGCAGUGGACGGCAAUGCGUUGAAUGUCAGUGAGAUCCAUAACAUGGGCAUCCACAUGCUUCCCGGGUACAGUGAUCCCUACCACGGCCGCCCCCUCACCAAGGGGGAGCUGGGCUGCUUCCUCUCCCACUACAACAUCUGGAAGGAGAUUGUGGAGCGGGGUCUGAAGGUCUCCCUGGUGAUUGAGGAUGACUUGCGCUUCGAGGUGUUCUUCAAGCGCCGCCUGCAGAACCUGAUGAAGGAGGUGCAGAGUGAAGGCUUGGACUGGGACCUCAUUUACAUUGGGAGGAAGAGGAUGCAGGUAGAUCACCCAGAGAAAGCAGUGCCCAACAUCCACAACCUGGUAGAGGCGGACUACUCCUAUUGGACGCUCGGGUAUAUGAUGUCAUUACAAGGUGCCAGAAAGCUCCUGAAGGCGGAGCCUCUGAAGAGGAUGCUCCCGGUGGACGAGUUCCUUCCUGUCAUGUUCAAUAAACAUCCUGUCUCUGACUACAUGGAGCAGUUCGAGACACGGGAUCUGAAGGCGUUUUCCGCCGAGCCCCUCCUUGUCUACCCAACCCACUACACAGGCGACCCCGGCUAUGUCAGCGACACAGAGACCUCCACCGUCUGGGACAAUGAGAAGGUCCGAACGGACUGGGACCGGGCCCGGUCUCGCAAGACCCAGGAGCAGGAGAAGAUCAGCUCCGAGGCCCAGAACACAGAUGUGCUCCAGUCUGCCCUCGACAGCACCGCCCGCGACGAGCUGUGAUGACCACCAGGGGAGACAGAGAGCAGGACAGAGAGGAGAGAGCAGGGAAAGGGUCUGCCAUUUCUUGUGGUAGUGAGAGCUGUUUUUUGUACAUACCUAGCUCUGCUCCAUUGAAUUACUUCUCCCUUUUACAGUUGCUCCUUGACCCCACUGCUGGGGGGAUUUUUAGGGUGGCUUUUGGUAGUCACCGGGGUGUGUUACAUGUUUCCCAGAGUGGGUUUGUGACUCCACCCUGACAAGGGAUGGUCACCUCAGCGUUGAAGCAGGGUGAAAGGAAACAUCCCAGUUUCAGUUCUGCUCUUUUUUUACUGUUUAGUCUGCAUUUUUUUAUUUUUAGAUUCCAGAUUUGAGAUUCCUUUCUUUGAGUUUGGUCUGGAUUUGCUUGCAGUAAUAUGACAUUGUUAUAUUUGCGAGGACUGCUACACGGGAACAGUCAUCUGAUUGGACCACCACGGGCGCACAAUCAUCUGAUUGGACAACAGUGCAUGGAUGGAACACAUCUGAUUGGACCUUGAAACCAUUUGUUUUUUUCCACCACCGUCACCUGUAUUUCCCCUCAGGAAGAGGUCAGCCUGGAGCUUUACACUCAUCUUCGACUUGUCUUCUUGUUUUUCAAGGCCUUUUUAUACUUCCUGUCUUCGUAAAAAUACACAGUUUUAUUUCUUUUGGUUGAUUUGGGAGAGGGUUCCGUUUGGAGCCAAGCAUGCAGCAGUCUGGUGCAGUGGUAAGGAGCAGCGGCUCAUAACCGAAAGGUUGCCGGUUCGAUU